AUGAGCCCAGCCCUCUCCCGCAAAAUAAGGAAAACCGCGGAGGGUCUCUCCUCCGGAUGUCCGGAGCCACAUCCAUGCGUGAAGGCCAUCCAUCGUGGGAACGGCUUAAGGCUGGCUGGUUGUGUAGUUCUCCAAACCUUGAUGGGGAGGUUUCGACUCCACAGUGGUUGUGCUCGUCCACCAGAGACCUCUGAGAGGGUUCUGCUUUCAAGCGAAACUUCCAGUGAGAUGCCAAAAAAGGGAAACCCAGGCCAGUUCAGGUUGCAAAAGAGCAAACAGAAAACGGGGGCGAAACGGCGGUCAGAUCUCAGGAUCCAGAAGACCGUGCCCAAAGAAGAAACACAGAAAGCCAAAGCAAACAUCGAACGGGGUUCUCCGUGCAUAACGGCACGGGCUGUGGACAGCGGAAGGGUCUUGGAAGUGGCUUGGUUGAAAGGCAAUGAAGGUCGAUAUUGUCCAAUGGCUCCCCGGUUCCCUCUUUGGCAGUAUGUCUCGUCCACAAACUUCACAAAUGGCCGCCUAUCCAAGCCAAACCAGUCGCAAUCUGAGUGUGCUGCACGCGAGUUCCAGGAUCAAGGGGUCCGUGUCCAUGUCCAUGUCCACGACCACAGACAGGGCGUGGCCAUGCUCGCCAUCCUCCACCAGGAUCGCUGGGCGCCUGGAAGAGAGGGCAACUUUUCCUCCCCGGUUUCGCUUCAAAAUCGACCAGGGAGGGGAACAGGGGUGCAUCGUGGGCUCCCAGUCCUCCCAGCCCCAAAGCCGACCGACAGUUCUCGGCAAUGGCACGAAAAUAGAAUCUGCUCCGGGGAGACAAAAAGCCACGGCUUAUCCGCGCUGCAAUUUACUGGAUGCUCUGUCGUAGCAUCGAACCUAGUCGGCCCCAAGUUGUCUCCGAGCCGACCCUGCCACCACGGAGUAUGCGGCAUCUCGAAGGCAGUUUGUCAUUCAGACAGCCUGUCGCUCAGUCGUGACAAUUGUGAAACCCUGAGGGAGAAGAAUGCUUUCUGCAAGGGGCUCAUGCGGCUGCGGCAGCCGUCAAUAAAUCCCAUCGCCAAUCCAUCCCAUCAAACAAUGCCUUCUCUGACAAAGUUACAUGUCAGAACUUCAACUGACCCACUUCGAGAUAGGACACAUGAUGCCCUCGCCCCCCGAUCAAUUUGUUCAGAGCAAUCUCAGUUCUAG